GCAGUGAGUGGUUGGGUUUGGGUGGAGUUCGGUGGAGUAAAGUUGGAUGUACUAUACCAUUUUUUUUUCUCUCAAAUUAGCCAGGAUACGCUACAAUGUCAUAGCAGCAAGAUCAUAAGAAUUCUAAAAGAAACCUGAUUUUAUCAUAGAACACGAGCAUUGAUAUAUCGAUAAUGGGCGAUGUAAGUGAAGAAUCGUUGUUGGAUUAUUUCUACUCAGCCGGAGGGAAAGUAAAAAAUUCAGAUUUAAUGAAAACAUACAAGCCUUUUAUUGGUCACAAGGACAUGGAGCUGCGUGCCAAAUACAGAGAGGAGUUCAAACAGAUCAUCGACAGGAUUGCUCUUGUGAAAUCAGAGAAUGGUGAGAAGUACCUAGUUCUGAAGAAGAGAUACCGGCAGCAGAAGCAGGACAGUGAGACAGAGCCUGGGACAGACAGACAGGCCAGCCCUGCCAGGCCAUCGGCCUCAGCCCAGUGGGAUGGGUCAGGGGUCUCGUCUCUCUCCAGUGCCCAGAUGGAACCAGACCUCCAGCCUGAACCGGCCAAGUGGGCAGAGGAGAGGAAGCCUUCCCGGGUGACGUGGUGUGGAAGAGGCCCCAGCAUUACUGUCACAGAGGCACCCGAGCAGGAGCACAUGCAAGAGGAUCAGCACACUGAGAGAAAACCCUCACCGUCUGUUUCGGAGGAACCCCUUGUGCACAGCAAAGGGGAGAAUGAGCUAGACAGAGACUCAGGGUCAAAGUCAGAGUCCGAAGAUCAGGAAGAGGAGUGUACGGGCAGUAUGGGCUCCACCCCAGUGGCUCUGGACCCUGUGGAAAAGGAAUGGAUCUACUCUGCUGCAUGUGGCUGUCUCUCUGACCUCGCCCAGCUGCUACAACAGGAGCCCUCCCUGGCCAACAAGAAGGACUUCACCUCGGGGACAGCUCUACACUGGGCAGCCAAACAUGGCAAAGAGGACAUGGCUACCAUGAUGGCCAAUGCAGGGGCUGACGUCAACACUAAAUCUCAUGGGGGCUAUACACCCCUGCAUAUUGCAGCAUUGCAUGGCCAUCGAAACAUUUUGGAGCUGCUCAUUGGAACAUAUGAUGCGAAGGAGAACCUCCGGGACUACAGUGGCCAUCUUGCAUGCCAGUACCUGAACAUCAGGGAGCCUACAGAGGAUGACAGAGCAGCUCCAGAGGAGAUACCUAUGGUGGUCCGUAUUUUGUUACAUCAGAAUUCCCUGAGUUCCAUAUGGCCCAGGCCAGAGACCGCAGCAGGAACAGGAAGUUGACCUCAUUGUUCCAGUCCAAGAAGAAGUGGGGCUCAGCGGAGGAGCUAGCCCCUGUAGAGGAGGAAAAGGUGGCACUUGCACCGCAUCAACUCAUUGUCCCCGCAUUCAGACCCAGGAAAUUCUCACGCUGAGAAAGUAGGUAACCAAAUGCCCCAACAUGCAUUGAUGACAUAAGUACAUGUUCAGUCAGUGUAUGUUUAUUUGAAUUUGAAUAUAUGCUUUUAUGGUAUGUAUGCUUGUGUGUCUCGUGCCUUCAGAAAGUAUUCAGACCCCUUGACUUUUUCCACAUUUUGUUACAUUACAGCCUUAUUCUAAAAAUUAUUAAAUCGAUUUUCCCCCUAAUCAUCUACACACAAUACACCAUAAUGACAAAGCAAAAACAGGUUUUUAGAAAUGUUGCUAAUUUCUUCUUCUUUUUUACGGAAAAAUCACAUUUACAUAAGUAUUGAGACUCUUUACUCAGUACUUUGUUGAAGCACCUCUAGCAUCGAUUAUUCUUGGGGAUGACGCUACAAGUUUGGCACACCUGUAUUUGGGGUGUUUCUCCCAUUCUUCUCUGCAGAUCCUCUCAAGCUCUGUCAGGUUGGACGGGGAGCGU